UCUAUCAUCCUAUGUUCCAUGUUCCAUUCCCAUUUCCCAUCGUUUCAUCAUCGUCAGUUUCUCACAGUCUCCUAUGGGCUGCCGACGGUAUUGUGUGAGAGGGUUUUGCCACCGAUUUAACAUGAUUAUUUAAACAAGAUAAAUCAACUUUAAUUUUAAUUGUAAUUGUUUUUUCAACGAAGAGAUACAAAAACAAUUUACAAAAAAAAAUGAGGGUUGUUGCACUAAUCAGUGGUGGCAAAGAUUCUUGCUUCAAUAUAAUGCAAUGUAUAGCAGCUGGUCACGAGAUUGUGGCUCUGGCUAAUUUAUACCCUGUUGAAAAAGAUGAGCUGGAUUCGUUUAUGUUCCAAACAGUAGGACAUCAAGGUAUCAAGUACAUUGCUCAAGCUAUAGGUUUGCCUAUAUAUCGUUAUCCAACAUUUGGUAAAGCCAAUGUCCGAGAGAAAUAUUAUUACCCUACAGAAAGUGAUGAAGUCGAGGAUCUUUUUAAACUUUUGAGCACAGUAAAGGAACGUGAAAAUAUAGAAGCAGUGUCAAGCGGUGCUAUUCUUAGUGAUUAUCAACGGAUUCGUGUAGAAAAUGUAUGCAGUCGUUUAAAUCUCAUUUCUUUAUCAUACUUAUGGAGGCGGGACCAGGAAGAACUGUUAAAUGAAAUGAUACAAAGUUCCAUUAAUGCAGUACUAAUUAAAGUUGCAGCUCUUGGUCUUGAAACUAAACAUUUGGGCAAGUCUAUAUCUGAAAUGCAACCUCAUCUUAUUAAAAUAAAAGAAAAAUAUGGAGUGAAUAUAUGUGGAGAAGGAGGAGAAUAUGAAACAUUUACUUUAGAUUGCCCUUUGUUUACUAAAAGUAUCAUAAUUGAUGAUUAUGAGAGCAUUGUGAAUUCGAGAGAUGAUGUAGCACCUGUAGGAUAUCUUAGAUUUACAAAGAUCCAUUUACAAGAGAAAGAUAAUGGAGAACUGGAGAAAUUAAGCCUGUCGGAAAGACUAAAAACUGUUUUGAUAAAAUCACCACAAGAUUAUAUUGCUGAAAUCAUUGGUCCAGAGCUUCACGAUGGUUGUAAUUUAUCAGAAGACGAAAAUGACGAACACGCUUGUGAAAACAAUAGUUUAAAAGCAUCGAAUUCAGGUCAAUUUCAUCCUCCAAGUCCAAUGGAAAUUUUGUAUGAAGAGGAAGAUUAUCCAGACGCGCCAAUGGUUAAUAGAAAUCAAACAGGGUGGUUCUGGUUCGGUGGCAUUGUAGGAAAACACCCGGAUGUCACACCUGCUAUGGAAGAGGCAUUGGAGAAAUUAAGCACUCUGAUUCAAAACGAAAAUCUGCGCACGUCCGAUAUCGUUGCAGUAACGUUGUAUAUAAAAGAUAUGUCAAAUUACAAGGCUAUAAAUGAAGCAUACGUUUCCUGGUUAGGUAAAAAAAGUCCGCCAGUUCGUGUAUGCGUAGAAUGUCCUUUGAAUGUACAUGUCGCGCUUGAUGUGACAGCGUAUAAGGAAAACCAAGAUUGUGGGGAUAAAUGGGCCUGUAAGCGACACAUGAUGCAUGUGCAAAGCAUAAGUCAUUGGGCACCUGCUAAUAUUGGUCCUUAUUCUCAAGCUGCCUGUGUGGGUGAUAUUAUUUUAGUCGCUGGGCAAAUACCUCUGGUACCUGGUAAUAUGAAUCUUCUAGAUAUGAACAUUAAACGGCAGUGCCGUUUAACACUAAGACACAUAGAUCGCAUCGUUAAGGCAAUGGAUGCUAAAUUGCGAGACAUAGUACAAGGUAUCUGUUUCCUGACUCAUUCUAGUUAUAUAGUGGACGCGAGAAAGGAGUGGGAAAGGAGGACGAGAAAUGCCAUUGUAGAUUAUGUUGUUGUACCAAAUUUGCCACGUGGUGCUCAAGUGGAGUGGUGCGUUUGGGCUCAUAGGGAUAAUAAUCGAUUUGAAUAUGAAGAAACAGGAAAAUGCGUGGCUAAUUUUAGGAUAGCCAUCAGACGUAGGUGGAAUUACGAAAAUAAUGUUUCGGCAAUUGUAUGCUACAUGUCUACCGGUACAUCUAAUUCUACUGGUAAUUUGACAACGGAGGCAAGUUUGCCGUCCAUAGAACUGAAUGCAAAUGAACUGUCAGAGGCUUUCGAAUAUCUGUUGUGUAAACUCAGGAAAGGCUCGCAGAGUGCAAAUCCGACGUGUAAUUUGCGAAUAUUUUAUAAAGUCGGCAGCUUUCCGGGCCCGAAUUUUCUUCAUAAUGUCCUAUCGAAGUUUUCUACGCAGAAUUUAGUUAUCACCAUUAUACCGGCUAUUCACUUACAUAACUUCAGUACUUUGUUAUCUAUAUGUGGUAUUAGGCAUGAGUAAAUACUCAAAUUAAUUUUAUACAUUGUCAAUUAUUUGUUAGAAUUGGAGUGCGCCUUUAGGAUAAAAAAUUGAAAUCUUUGCUGGAAAACAAGAGUUGCACUAGUUGCAAGAGUUUUUUUGAAACAAAGAGAAAAAAAGAAAAAAAAUACAUUUAAAGUUUCCAUUUCAUGGAAUACUUGCAUGAUUAUUAUAAUGAUAAUUUUAUUUACUGUGAACAAUUGAAGAUUGAAACUGUAAAUGCAUUUUUUUUAAAGCCGCGUUUUUGCUUAUUCGUUUGUUUUACAAUUAAACGCUUCAAUUUUUCGACAAUCGACAAGUCGAACGCGGUUCGAAGAAGAAAGAUAAAACAGUGGUUACCAUAGCACCAAAGUAGCACUGUUAAGUUUUCCUACAUGCGCAAAUACGAUGCUAUUUUGCUUCACCGAUGAUGCAUCGGUGGAUGUAUUUGAGUACUUCUUGCGUUUCAUAUGCGAAGGAUGCGGUUGUUCGCUCGACAUUAACUGACGAUGUAGUUACGUUGCUGUUUUUUCUAGCUGCACUUUUACAUAUUCUCUCGCAAGCUUCCUUUCUCUCCCUUCAUAUCCCGAAACAAUCCUUGUUUCUUUCUUUAAAAUAUUAAAACAAUAGUGAAGUGCAACUAAAAAGAACACGCUAUAUUAUCUUAUCGAAUACUACUAGUCAAUGACGGGUCAAGUGCAAUUCACGAGCUAUGAACCCGUUCCUUAGCACGUAAGUGCUCUUUGAAAACGCGAUUGCACGUUAAGUAUAAUACUCGUAAUAUAUGUACGACUUGUACUGCUGUUACGCUAUGAUUUUUUGCUCAAAAUACUUUGCGAUAUUGUAAUCAUGUGCGGAAUGUUAAUUAACGUGUGUGUGACGUUUUUGUAAAGCAAAUUAAAUCGUGCACAGCCAUUUUUACAAUAGCACUUGACGUUCACUCUUGAAUUUUAAAUAAAAAAUAUAUAAAUAAUAAGAGAACGUAUCACGCGAGAAAAAAGUACAGAAUACUAUAUAUGGAUCGAUUUUUGAUACGAUUGCAAUGCUUGAAUACACAUGAAGAGAAUAUUCUUUUUUUCGACAAUGUUCUUUGCUCUCAAUAAUGUGCUGCCGAUAUUGCUACAUGAUUGUUGAUCAUUGUUUUUGAAAACUGCGUCGCGCAGUUUGUACAGACAAAAAAAAAGAAAUAAAACUUGGAAUCUAUAAGAAUUAACUUACUUGGCAAGAUGCGCUGCACGGCAGCUUCGCAUUCUUUGCGCGUACGUCACUGUUGCUUUAGAAGUAUCUUGUACAGAUUGCAUUACAAAUUAUAAUAAUAAGACGUACUCUGGCGUAAUAUUAUACAAAGUUGAUGCAACGACAUGCCAAAGUUUAUAUAUAUUUUGCAACUUGCUCAUUUUUUAAACAGUCGCAAUUAUACUAUCGUUAUUCUGUAUGUGUACAUAAAUGCAACGUAAUCAACACAAUCUUAUAUAAAUAUAUUGUAAAUCAUUUGACAGCGAAGAAAGAAAGCGCAUUGUUCAAAAUGUGGAUACUGUGUUAGAAGUAUGUAAAAAUACAUAAGAAAAAGAAGAAAAGAUGUUUAUUCGCAUCUAAUUCUUGCAACAAAAUAUUAAUCCGAAGAUUACGUCGCAAAAAAAAAAAUAAAGAAUGAUAUAUAUUUUUAAGAAA